AUGCGCCGCUCAGCCUGGAGUCGCUGCCACUUGGCCGAGAAGUUGCUGGCCGACCUGCUGCAAACACCGACAGCCUCAGGCGCCAAGCACGGCCUGGAGACUGCCACCAGGGAGGACGCUGAGGGCCGGGUCUGCGUCGAGCCGUACCGGCAGGACAACGCCCGACUGUGCCAGGAGCUGAGCGCGCUCCACCAGGAGAUCAUCAAGAGUCAGGAGCAGCAUCAGACGCGCACCAAAGAGCUGAGGGCCGACAUCCGGCGGCUGAGCGCCGAGAACGAGGACCUGCGCUUCCUGGCCGGCCAGUACCGGAAGCAGGCCGAGGCAGCCGAGCAGCGCCUGUUCCGGCUGCUGGAGCAGCAGGAACAGCCGCAGGCUUCCGUCACCGUCACAGGUGCGUACCGGCUCCUGCAGAUGUGGCACGACCACCCGGCAGGCUCACAGGUGAAGAGCCGCGACUCGGAGAUCCGCCGGCUGACCGGUCAGCUGGAGGGAGGGCGGCCGUACCGGGCCGUGCUGGCCGACGCCGACACCAAGGAGAACGACAUGUCGCGCGCCAACGUGCCCUACACCGAGCUCAAGAAGACCAACGUCCGCCUGGAGAAGCAGCUGAAAGAGACGUUGCACAGCCAGCACGAGGCCAUGCAGCGGGCCAUGCAGCUGGCGCAGAAGAACACCGCCCUCAAGCGCGAGCUGGAGGACCUGGACCGCAUCGUGCACGUGCUGGACGAGGACCGGAGCAAGGCGGUGCGCACCAGCCAGCAGCAGCUGAAGCAGGAGCAGACGCUGGUGAAGGACGCAGCGAAUGAGCUGGACGAGGCGGUGGAGGCGCUGGUCGAGACCAUGCGUCAGGACCGCAAGGCCACGCAGGAGCGACUAGACCGCGUCAUGGAGAACGAGAAGCAACUGGUGCUGGAGCUGGACCGGCUCAGUCGGCAGAAGACCAACACCGCGCGCAUCCCCGACAAGACGCAGAAGCUGAUCCAGAGUCUGGAGGAGCAGCGCGACUACUUCAAGGCUCAGGUGGAUGAGCUGAUUGAACAGCUGCAGAAGAAAGAUAGAAGGGCCGUGGACUCGGACGGUAAUCGUCUGCAGACGGAGGCUGCGGAGCUGCGCCGCCAGCUGGCUGACUGUGAGCGCCAGCUGGCGGGCUCGGCCGCUCAGCUCGACGUCAAGACCAACGAGAGCGAGCAGCUGCGGCACCGGCUGGACGAGGCGCUCCGCUCGCUGCACAGACUGAGCGACUCUGAGUCGGCGGCCACCAUGGCCAGCGCUGCUCAGCUGGAGAGUCUGGUGCGCACCCUGGAGCAGGAGCGCAGCCUGGCCACCGGCGACUACCACCGCGUCGACCAGGAGCGCAAGGAGCUGCGACACCGGCUCAAGGUCGCCACGGAGACCCAGCUGGCCGACCGGGUGAAGAUGGAGUCGCGCAUCGCCGAGCUGGAGGCCCUGAUCGGCGCCGCUGAGACGGACCGCACGGUGCAGCACAGUCAGACGGCCUCCCACCGAGCGCUCAUCUCCAGUCUGGAGGCUCAGGUGAAGAAUCUGCAGAACUCGCUGAGCGGCUCCCAAGCGGAGCUGAGCCGGGUCAUGACCAAGAACACCAAGAUGAAGACGUUCGUGGACCGCGGGGAGUCCUCGCUGAAAGACUGCGAAAACAAGCUGAUCAAGACCACCAGCGAACUCGAGGUGUGCCAGACACAGAGCUCGCAGCUGCAGCGCCAGUGCGCCGACCUGCGCGCCACCGUCGACGAGCUGCAGCGCGAGGCGCGCCGGCAGACCAAGGUCAUCGAGCAGGUCAUCCGCGAGCGGGACAAGUUCCAGAACGACGUGGACGACAAGACGGAGCUGCUGGACGAGCACUGUCAACAGCUGGAGAAGUGCACUGCCCACAUCGGGCAGCUCGAGUCCACCAUCACGAACCUGACCGCCGACCUGGCACCUGAGGCCGACCUGCUGGAGGCACCGCGGGCGGGGUUACGGAGCCGCUUCUGA